UUGACUUUUCACUAGUUUUCAUGUUUGUUUUAACUUUUAUGUGGAAGUUCCAUGUUUUUUGCUAAUCACUGUAAAAGCUCCAAAAUGUAAACGGUUUUUAUUCACAAUAAGAUAUGUGUCACGGUGUAUCUGUUUAAAUGUUACAUGUCAACUAGUGUGAUAGUAGAGGUUAUUUGAAGAUAUUAUCGCUAUAAAAUAAGAAGCCAUGGGUUUAAAUACCACUUUUAGUUCAACCGUGCCUGAACUGGCUUCUUUUGAUCUUGAUUCAGUACAAUUCCUCAUGUUCAGUGAUGAAGAUAUAAAGAAAUUAAGUGUGCUAAAAAUAACAAAUCCAAUUUCAUUUGACUCAUUGGGAAAUGCUACCAAAGGAGGUCUGUACGAUGCUGCUUUAGGCCCCGUUAGAGACAGAAAUGAUUUUUGUGGUACUUGUUCAAAUACUAUGCUACACUGCACAGGCCAUUUUGGUCAUAUUGAACUGCCUUUGGUGGUUGUUAAUCCUUUAUUUAUCAAAACCAUUUAUAUAUUAUUCCGAAUCAGCUGCUUGAAGUGCUUCAAAAUCCAAAUGGACGAUAAAAUGAAAUCUAUAUUAAAAUUACAAUUGGAAUUGAUUGAGGCAGGCCAUGUCACUGCUGCCUUAGAUUUAGAGAAUGUUGUUGGUGAUGUUAAAAGUUAUAACAGUCAAACUUCUCCUGAUAAGCCCAACAAACUUAUAAGAAGGUGUCAAAAACUAUUGAAAACAAAAGAUCCAAUUAAUAAAACUUUCCAAAGUAAAAAUAGCGAUAAGCUAAGAACCAAGGUAAUCAAUAAUUUCUUCAAAGCCAUAAACAUUACAAAGACUUGUAUGUACUGCAGAAACAAACUGAUCAAGGUGACUACGUCUGAUAAUAAGAUCAUGUACAAUAUGACAUCUGAUGAUACGAAAGGUAUUAAAAUUUUAAUGCCAGAUGAAAUAAAACGUUACUGUAGUGCGAUUACACAAAAUGAUGAAGACCUUCUAUCAUAUUGCAUACCAGUUUUGAAAAAUUCAAACUGUAAGCCCAGUAGUGACAUAUUUUUCAUGCAUUCAGUGCCUGUUCUCCCACCAUCAGUUAGACCAUGCAAUGUAUUAAGAGGAGAACUACUGGAACAUCCUCAGACAAAUAUUUACAAAAGUAUAUUGAAUUCGUCAUUCAAAGCAAGAGCUAUAUUACAAGUCCUUUCAUCAUCUGAUCAACAGAAGGCCAUUGAUGGUCUUGAAACAAAUCCAAGACAAGCAUAUGAAAGUGUUAUGGGCAAGUCACCUCCUGAAAAGCUACAUACAAUCUGGCAAGACCUUCAAAAACAAGUGAAUUACCUCCUCAGUUGCGAGGACCAAACUAUAAGUCAAGGAUUAAAACAGAUUAUUGAAAAGAAAACUGGUGUUAUUAGGAUGAAUAUGAUGGGUAAAAGAGUCAAUUUUGCAGCACGAUCUGUUAUCACUCCUGAUCCCAAUGUGGACAUUGAUGAAAUUGGUAUACCUGCUGCAUUUGCCACAAAACUGACUUAUCCCGUACCUGUCACUGAAUGGAAUGUUGAUGAAUUAAGAAAAAUGGUAAUAAAUGGCCCAAACAAACACCCUGGUGCAGAAAAGAUUGAAAUUAAAAAUGGCAGAGUUAUUAGAAUACCUCCAGAUUCCAUUGAAAAGAGAAAGAGCCUUGCUAAGAGACUUCUAACUCCUGAUGAAUAUAAGACUGCAGGAUUAAAGAUAGUUCAUAGACAUCUUGUUAAUGGUGAUGCAUUAAUUUUGAACCGUCAACCAUCUCUCCACAAACCCAGUAUGAUGGCUCACAGAGCAAGAAUACUCAAAGGAGAAAAAACUCUUAGGUUGCAUUACGCUAACUGCAAAUCUUACAAUGCCGAUUUUGAUGGUGAUGAAAUGAAUGCCCAUUUUCCUCAGAAUGAAAUAGCUAGAAGUGAGGCUUACAACAUAAUGUCAGUAAUUCAUCAAUACCUUGUACCAAAAGAUGGCACUCCCCUAAGUGGACUUAUUCAAGAUCAUGUCAUUUCUGGGGUGAAAAUGUCAAUAAGAGGCGCAUUUUUUACAAAGGCAGACUAUCAGCAAUUAGUUUUUCAAGCUCUAUCCAAACACAAGGGUGAAAUCAAAUUGUUACCGCCAACAAUUCUCAAACCGGUCAUGCUGUGGUCCGGUAAACAAAUUUUAUCUACCAUUAUUAUAAAUAUUAUACCUAAAGGAAAACCCUACAUCACAUUGACUGGAAAGGCUAAGAUUAGUGCAAAAGCAUGGCAGAAGGAAAAUCCAAGACCGUGGAAUGCUGGUGGCACUCCAUUCAAUGAUUCAAACACAAUGUCAGAAGCUGAAGUUAUCAUUAGAAAAGGUGAACUUCUGAGCGGAGUUUUGGAUAAGACUCAUUAUGGUGCUACACCAUAUGGCUUAGUCCACUGUAUGUAUGAAUUGUAUGGAGGUGUAUAUUCCAGUGCUUUAUUAAGUGCAUUUUCGAAAGUAUUUACUUUUUAUCUACAGUGGUUGGGAUUUACACUUGGUGUUAGAGACAUAUUAGUUACUGAUGAAGCUAAUAAAAAGCGUGACGAAUUAAUAUGCUUGGUUCGUCAAAUCGGCAGGGUUGCUGCGGCUAAAGCAACGGAUCUCCCGGUCGAUGUCGACGAAGACACACUUAAAGAAACUAUUGGGGAGAUGCUAACAAAAGAUCCUAAAUUCAGACCUAAUUUAGAUAGACAGUACAAGAGCGCGCUGGAUUCUUAUACUAACAAAAUAAAUACAGUUUGUUUAACCGAAGGUUUAUUGGAGAAAUUUCCCUACAACAAUCUUCAAUUGAUGGUACAGUCUGGAGCAAAAGGAUCAACAGUAAACACUAUGCAAAUUUCAUGCUUGCUUGGACAAAUCGAACUGGAAGGAAAACGUCCGCCAUUGAUGAUAUCUGGACGUUCCCUUCCUAGCUUUUUGCCUUAUGAUCUCUCUCCAAGAGCCGGAGGAUUUAUUGAUGGCCGGUUUAUGACAGGAAUACAACCUCAAGAAUUUUUCUUUCACUGCAUGGCGGGUCGUGAAGGUCUCAUUGAUACAGCUGUAAAAACUAGUAGAUCUGGUUACUUACAAAGAUGCUUGAUAAAACAUUUAGAAGGUCUGGCUGUAUCGUAUGACUACACUGUCAGAGAUUCGGAUGGCAGUGUUAUUCAGGUAGCGUACGGAGAAGAUGGGUUAGACGUUUUAAAAUGCCAAUUUCUCAAGAAGGAUCAAUUUGAGUUUCUUGACAUUAAUUCAAAUGCAGUAGUUUCUAAAUCGACUAUUAACAAACUCAAAGAAGGUGAAAGCACUAAAGAUAUUGUGAAAUCACAAAAGUCCUUGAAAAAAUGGAAAAAGAAACACGGUGAUCCAUUUGAGAAAGUUCGGAUAAGUCCUUUCACUCAGUUUUCUAUUUUGGCAAGGAAAGAUAUUGUACCUGAUGAGAAACCUACGGACGAAACAAGAGAUCCAUUCUAUUGGGAGCUAGAAAAAAAAUGGCGAUCGAUGAGUGAAGAAGAGAAGCAGGAGUACGAAAGGAAAAAGUGUCCUGAUCCGGUUAUUAGCCAAUAUUCCCCGCAGUAUAAAUUUGGUGUAAUUAAUGAACAAUUAGAUGGAUUAAUACAAAACUACUUAAAAAAUAGACAAGAGACAGAUAAUAAGGAAACCACAGGUAAAGAUAAAUUUGUAGAUAUUAUGAACGCUAAGUAUUUAGCAUCUAUGGCAGCGCCAGGAGAGCCUGUGGGCUUGUUAGCCGCGCAAUCCAUAGGAGAACCAUCAACACAGAUGACAUUAAAUACCUUUCACUUCGCUGGAAGAGGAGACAUGAACGUUACUUUAGGUAUACCUCGGUUGAGGGAAAUUCUAAUGACAGCAUCAGCAAAGCUUAAAACUCCGAACAUGGAUAUACCUUUCCGUCAAAACUUGCCAAACUUGAAUAAAAAAGCAGAACGACUGAGACAAAAAUUGAACAGGGUUACGGUAGCAGAUGUUUUAGAAAAAAUAGAUGUUGAAUGUGAAAUUGUCACGAAUCCAGAGCGACAACUGAAAACUAUAUUAAGAUUCACGUUUUUACCACAUUCACAGUACAAAACUCAGUACGCAGUGAAACCUCCACAGAUUAUCAAACACAUGAAGAAAUUUUUCCCAGAAAUGUUUAUUAUUAUUAGGAAACAAGCUAAGGCUACGUGCGGUGUGGUGUGGGUAACAGAAAAAGAAAAAAAGAGGCGCAAAGCAAAUGAUGACGACGAAGAAGGCGAGGAGAUUGUUCCAGAAGAAAAAGAAACGAUUGGUAAAGACAUGAACGACGACAGCUCCGACGAAGAGGGACCGAACGAUGAUGACGACAAUACCGAAGUAAGAAUAAGAAAUAAGAGAGCAGAAGAGCAGGAAUACGAGGACCCCGAGUCAGAAGAAGAAGAAAAAUCAGAUGACGAAGCUAUACCGGAUGAGAAUCAAACUAUAUUAAUAGACGAUGAAGCCUUAGAAGUGAGUCAGAAUGAAGUGAACCCGGAUGAUAGCAGGGUGAUGAGUGAAGUUAUCGGAAGUAUACAAAACGCCACGAAUUAUACCUACGACACCAAGUCUCACAUGUGGUGCGAGCUAACUGUUCUAUUCCCUAUAAGUUUCUUGCGCGUCGAUCUUUCCCAGGCUCUACGAGAGGCAGCCACAAAGUCAGUUAUACACGAAGUAAAGAAUAUUAAAAGGGCUAUCACGAAUAAAGAAAAAGACGUGCUUUACCUCAAAACGGAGGGUAUAAACAUUUUGCAAAUGUUCAAAUAUAAUAAUAUUUUAGAUAUAAACAAGUUGUACAGCAACGAUAUCCACGCGAUAGCCAACACGUAUGGUAUAGAGGCCGCCAACAAGGUUAUCAUCAAAGAGAUCCAAAAUGUGUUCAAUGUCUAUGGUAUCACAGUGGAUCCGAGACAUUUGUCUCUGGUAGCUGAUUACAUGACGUAUAACGGAAUAUUUGAGCCUAUGAGUCGGAAAGGUAUGGAAUCGUCGACAUCUCCAUUACAACAAAUGUCUUUUGAAUCAUCGCUUAUAUUCUUGAAGGAAGCGGUGCUGAACUCGAAGACGGACAACAUUCGAUCGGCGUCGAGCUGCCUUAUGAUGGGUCAACUCUGCAAAAGUGGUACCGGCGCGUUUAGCUUGCAACACAGUGCAUUUGUUAACUAAUCAAUACAUUGUCUUAUGAUUAAGUACAUAUAGAAUUUAA